UGGGGUGUGGUGUAGCAGUAGGCGAUAUUUCUACAGCAGUCCAGAUUGGCUAGAUUCGAUUCUGUUGCAGUUUUCACAGUUUGUGUUUCAGUGGUCUGUAGAAAGCAGAUCCUUAAAAAAUGACUUUGGAAAUUUACUUGGACCUUUUUUCGCAGCCUUGUCGUUCUGUUUACAUCUUUGCCAAGAAAAACAACAUCCAGUUCGACUACAAGAAGAUUGCGUUGUUUGACGGUGAGCAAUAUACUGAAGAGUUUGGGAAAGUCAGCAUGAUAAGAAAAUUACCUGCAAUCAGAGAUGGAGACUUUUGCUUGGCUGAGAGUAUUGCAAUUCUGGUGUACCUGGCCGAGAAGUUCCACACUCCGGACCACUGGUACCCAGCUGACUCGCAGAAGCGUGCCAAAGUAAAUGAAUAUCUGUCAUGGCAACACUCUGCCAUGCGUAUACAUGGAUCCAAGAUGCUCUGGUUCAGGGUGCUGAUUCCAGCUAUGGGAGUAGAGAUUCCUAAAGAAAAGAUGGACACUGCACUAGAGGAUCUUAAUGCAUCACUGAAUCUUGUUGAGCAGAACUUUCUUCAAGACAAACCAUUCAUUGGUGGUGAUCAAAUCUCACUGGCUGAUCUGGUUGCUAUUGUGGAGAUCAUGCAGCCUGUAGGUGCUGGUCUGGAUGUGUUUGAGGACAGACCCAAGCUCAGGGCAUGGAAAGACCGAGUCAGAGAAGCAAUUGGGGCUGAGCUGUUUGAUGAGGCCCACCAGGGCAUCCUCUCAGCACAGGAGAUGGUAAAAACCAUGGAACCCGGCAAGAUGGAGCCAUUUAAACCCAAAAUUUUAAAAUAUUUCCUCUCAUAAAUACACAUUGUUGUUUAAAAUAGCCAGUGAUUCAGAGUGUUCCCUAUAAUUGUAAUACAUCUAAUAAUGUUCUCAUUUAUUCCAUUCCAUGUAAGCAUUUUGUGUAACCACUAAGAAUAAAAUGAAUUCAAUUUCAUUUUAUAAACACAUCUCAUUUGUUUUUUAAGGACAAUGCAAUAAUUAUCCCUCUUUUUGUGAGUACCUCAUACAUGUAAUUAAACUGUGAAAUAUCAUGUCUCCAGCUGUACUCAUUUGCAAAUUUUGAAUUCCUGCACUCACUGUGACCCUAUCAUUUGAAACAGGCAGUAACACACUGACACUCAACAAAGCAUUGUUCCAGAAAAUCAUUCAACACCCAUGGGAAGGGGCAUGGGACGAAUGUUUCCUCCCUCUGUGUUUAUGGAAUGUAAUCAGAUAUUACUGUCAGUAAUCAGUGUUUCUUGUAGAAUUCAGUUUUUCUUGUAGAAAAAAAAUAGGUUUAAACAACCUGGCUGAGAAAACAGCUGAAACCAGCCUUAGCUGGUUGUCUGGUCUUUGUUGGAUUAAGAUGGUCUUUGCUAGUUUAAGAUGGUCACCCAGCCAGACCAGCUAAGACUUUCCAAGUCUAAAACAACUAAAACUACCAAAACCUCUAAAGCCACAGUCUAAGCUGGUUUUAGCUCUAUGUAUUUAUUGUUUUCAGCAGGGAAAUAUUGCCUCUACAAGAUGCUGGAAAAUCCAUCUUAAAGGAAUAGUUCACCCAAAAUGAAAAUUCUCAUCUUCUCACCCUCAUGCCAUCACAUAUGUCCUUGACUUUAUACUGUAGAACACAAACAAAGAUUUUUAGAAGAAUAUCUCAGGUCUGUAGGUCCAUACAUUGCAAGUUAAUGGUGAUCAAAAGCUUCACUUUGAAGAUCCAAAAAGCAGCAUAAAAGUUAUCCAAUGGUUUAAGCCAUGUCUUCUGAAGUGAUCCAAUAAACUGGGUGAGAAAAACAGACCAAAAUAUAGCUCCUUUUUCACUAUAAAUCUUGACAUAAGCAGUUUCCUGGGAAAUCAUGAUUUCAAGCUUGAUUAUACUUCCUAGCGCAAUCUAGCACACUGCACAGUUGGGAAUUUGUUUUCGAUUUUGGUCUGUUCACAUCCAAAAUGUAUUAGGUUGCAUCAGAAGACAAAUGAUAAACCACUGGAGUUGUAUGGAUUACAUUUAUGCAGCCUUUUUGCAUUUUUUUGAGCUUCAAAAUUCUGGUCACCAUUCACUAGCAUUGAAUAGGCCUACAGAGCUGAGAUAUUCUUCUAAAAAUCGUUGUUUGUGUUCUGCUGAAGAAAGAAAGUCAUAUAGAUCUAGGAUUGCAUGAGGGCAAGCAAAUUAUCUGUUUCUUUAAGCUGAUUGUUUUGUUUUGGAACAUUGUAUCUGGAUUCAUUAUUUAUGUUUU